AUGGUCCAAACAAGGAAAGCAAAAGAUAAAACUCCUCCACCUCCUACUAAAAAGGCAAAAAUAGAUGACAAAAAAUCUAAAGUGACUACUAAAGCUAAGGCUGCUAAAGAAGAUGAAGAAAAGAAAAAAGCCACAAAAGCCAAGCCAGUUGUCCAGUCAUCUUCCUCAGAUUCGGAUCAAUCACCUCCUCCUAAAGCCGCCCCAGCUGCAAAAGGAAAGAAAACGCCUCCACCAAAGCCAGCUAAAAAAGUCCCUGCAAAAAAAUCACCUUCACCACCUCCAGCCAAAAAAGAUUCAGCAACUACCAAAGAUCUCCCUGCAAAAAGAGGUAGAAAAGCUGCUAAAUCCCCUUCUCCUAGUCCUCCACCAUCUCCUAAGAAAGCAGACAAACCAGAUCCAGCUCCAGCUAAGCAGGAUGACUCAACUAUGGUAAAAACUAUUCGCAAAGGAAGAUGUGCGGUUGAUAAUAUUUGCCCAAAGGCCAAAGAUUGCCAUGUCUUUGAAGAGCCAACUAAAAUUUGGUCAGCAACUUUGAAUCAAACUGAUAUAAAAAUAAAUUUUUAUCUAAAAAUUCUAUAUGCCAUUUAUAGUUGGCUACUGCUUCGCUGUAGCUUGUUUUUUUAUUUAUUUAGGGAUUUUAUUAUUUAUUAUAAUUGGUAUAUUUUUUAUGAUUUUUUAAAAGAUUUUCUAUAAUUUCCUAUAAAAAACAAUGCAAAUAAAUAUUAUAUUAUUCAGCUCCUUCAGUCUGAUACUGCACAAAACCAAUAUUAUGUAUGGAAUAGAUGGGGAAGAGUGGGCUACCCAGGACAAAAUGCAUUAAAAGGUCCUAUGGGAGACCUAGAGAGAGCAAAAAAUGAAUAUUUAAGUAAAUUAAGAGACAAAACAAGAGGAGGUUAUAUUGAGCUAGAAAUUGUAUACGAUGAUGAAGAAGAAACAAAGGAAGAAGAAAAGCCAGCCAAAAAAGCUUUAAAAGAUAGUCAAGAAGAAGUAAAAACAGAAAGCAAGCUUGACAGACGUGUAAAAGACUUAAUCUUACUUGUUUAUUACUUAUUCAGUGUUUAACGUGUUUUUUUGAUUCCAUAACAGAACGUUAUACAAUUUUCAUAGAGAGCCUUUUAAAUCCAAACCUCUAAUUCAUGGGCAUUCAUAGGAUUCAUUACUAAGCUCUGUGCUUGACUUCUCCAUAUGUUCUGCCUCCUCGUGUGUGUCAAGCAGCAAAACCCUAUGCUUGCUAAAAUCCAAGAGCCAAAGCCUCUCACCUACGCAUUUAACCUUUCUAGCAAAUCUUGCCAAAGAUUGACUGGAAAAAAUGAACCCAUAAUAUAAAAAUUUUUUGAGGAUAGAAUAGUUUCACAUAGAACUAAUUCGAGCGAUGGCAUUUUAUGCAAAAAGACUUAAUCAACGUCAUUUUUGACUUAAAACAAAUCAACCUCGUACUAGCUGAAAUCGGCUACGAUGCCAAAAAAAUGCCACUUGGUAAGCUCUCCACAAACAACCUAAAACAAGGCUUAGAAGUUUUGAAAAAAAUCGAAAGCGUACUAGAAAAAAAAGAAAAAGGCAGCCUAGAGCAACUAUCAAGCCAAUUUUUCUCAUUAAUCCCUCACGAUUUCGGUUUCCAGCACAUGUCAAAUUUCACUAUCAAUAACAAAGAAAAAUUACAGCAAAAAAUUGCAAUGAUUGAGUCUUUGACUGACAUGAAAAUCGCCACAAAUAUUUUAGAAACUAAAAGUGUAGGAAACCCAGUAGACGAGCACUAUGCCAAGCUAAAAUGUGCAAUUCAGCCAAUAGAAAGAACUGACCCAGUAUUCCAACUUUUAAGCCAAUAUGUUCAGAAUACCCAUGCCCAAACCCAUAAUAACUAUGGACUAACAGUUUUGGACAUUUUCAGAUUGUCAAAAGAUGGGGAAGACGAAAGAUUUAACACAAAAAUUGGGAAUGAUAUGCUAUUGUGGCAUGGUAGCAGACUGACUAAUUGGGUAGGAAUUUUGUCACAAGGACUGAGAAUUGCUCCACCAGAGGCUCCAGCAACUGGAUAUAUGUUUGGAAAAGGGGUUUAUUUCGCUGAUAUGGUAAGUAAGUCUGCGAACUAUUGCUUUACGAGUAGAGAUAAUAAUAUCGGCUGUAUGCUGUUGUGCCAAGUAGCAAUAGGAACACCUUCAGAAAAGUUUUUUGCUGAUUAUAAUGCAGCUAAUUUGCCUGCAGGGUGCCACAGUACUAAAGGAUGUGGCAAAACUGCACCUCCUGAGACAAGUUAUGUAGACCUAGAAGGAUGCAAAGUGCCAGCCGGAGCAGGACAGCCUACUAAUACUCAAGGAUCGUUACUUUAUAAUGAGUUUAUUGUGUACGAUGUCGCUCAAGUCAAAAUGAAAUUCCUUUUCAAGAUGAGGUUCGACUAUAGAUAA